GCGAAUCCCAUUCAGCAGGAGCAGAACAUUCCAAGCAGCGUGUAGGAAAAGCAGCAAAUGUAGCAAAGCAGCACAAGCUUCAACUGAUGCGCGUCCACGAACCCACGCGCGCACGCCCCUGCAGUCACGGAACGAAACGUGGAUCAAACGGAGCCGAGUGAAGAGAGAUUAUUUACUGACACAGCAGAAACAAACACAUUUAACGCUGAAUGUGAAGGUGAAUCUCUCUUGUAACUGAUGAUGGCACUUCAGGCCGGACUGCAGGGUUGGUUUGGCGAGAAGUUUGAUGUCCCCUUACGGAGUCCUCGCUCCCCGCGGUCUCCUCGAGCGGGUCCCGGACUGGCUGAUGUUUUCCAGUAUGACCAGUGGUUGGCCGUGCGACAUGAAGCCACACUGGUGCCCAUGCAGGAGGAUCUUGCCAUCUGGCUCAGUGGCAUGCUGGGUGAGGAGGUGAGAGCCGAACACUUCAUGUCAGAGCUGGAUAACGGUGUCCGACUGUGUCGUCUGGUUGGAAUUCUGCAGAGUAAAAUACCGGAGGACUCGGACAAAAUGCAGCUGUUUUUAAAGAAAAUUCAGUUUAAGAAGAAUGCCUCCCCCGGAUCGUUUUUCGCUCGUGACAACACUGCAAAUUUUCUAUCCUGGUGUCGUCAAAUAGGAGUGGAUGAGGCGUACUUAUUUGAGUCUGAAGGUUUGGUCCUACAUAAAGACCCUCGGCAGGUGUGUCUGUGCCUGCUGGAGAUCGGACGCAUCGUUUCCAGGUAUGGAGUGGAGCCUCCCGUUUUAGUUAAACUGGAGAAAGAAAUUGAACUAGAGGAAAGUAUGAUGUUGACUGAUCACGCUGCUCCAGUAAAAACAUUUACAGUCUGCUGUCAACAUGGAGCUCUGUACCAAACUGAUCAUCCUGAUCAAGAAGAAUCUCCCUGUAACUGCUCUCAGAAGUUUUCCAUUGAGUAUCUGUCUGAGGGACGAUACAGACUGGGAGACAAGAUACUUUUCAUCAGGAUGCUCCAUGGAAAGCAUGUGAUGGUCCGUGUUGGUGGAGGUUGGGAUACUCUUAAAGGGUUUCUGCUGAAAAACGACCCUGGCCGUGUGCUGCAGUUUACAACUCUGGAACAGAAGAUUCUAGCCUAUCAGAAAGGCCCCCCUGGCCUAGGCACCGCCCACAGCACACAGACCGCUCAACCGCCUGCUAUGGACCCCAUUGCCGCCGUCAGCCUGCUCCCAGAGUCGUCAUCUUCCACAUCCUCCGUGUCUAAACCUAACACGCCCGCCUCUGGCCACACAACACCCCGUGGUUACGCCCAGUCGCCGGCCUCCACACCUUCCCUGCCCAGGAAGGCUGCAGCACCUAAGAAGACCCUUCAGAUGCCCACAGCUUCCCCCAAGACCACCCCUCUACCUUCACCAGUCCCGAAAAGAAGUCCCCUUCCGCACUCGACCCAGCCCCAAUCACAGAAGGCCCCCGCCUCAUCCUCCAAAACCAAACUGCGACCACGCGGACCCUUGUCUCAGCCCCGCAGUCCCGUCUGCCCCGAACCCAACUGCAAGCUGCCUAAACCCUCUGCCCCGCCCUCUGUGCAUCCCUCACCCUGCACCCCCCUUCCCAAAAAAACAUCCCAGCGUGACGGUCGCCCGCCUCCCGGUCCCAUACGCUCACGGCUCGCCCAGAGGCGUCCCGUUUCGCCUGCAUCAAACUUGCACUUGGAUUCCAGGAAGGGCCGUACAAUUUCCCCUCACAGGGCUGGGCCGACAAGGACUUCAAAUGAUCCCAAACAGACAAUAUCUGCCCCCAGAGCUCCCAGUCCUCUCACAAAAUGCUCUCAGACUUACAAGAGUAAGUCAGUUGCACAGAAAACAGGUGGUACGGCACAAACUGUUCCGGUUCUUAAGGCUAAAACGGCCCCGUAUAGGAAACCUCUGACCAGCAGCAACCCCCAAUCUGACAGUCCAACAACCACCAGACCAGCACCUGCCAACACGACCCGAAAACACACCGCACGGACUAAACCCGGCAAACCUGAAGAGCCCUACUUUGAGAUGAACAACAAGAGGAGGGUAAAGAACUGAGGAAUGCUGGGAAAUGUAGGCUGCAAUGCUGAGGGUUUCGGUUCACAUAGACCUGAGUCAGGGCGGACAAUGUAAUGAUGCUGUGAUGGACACCUUAACAAUCUGUUUCACUUUUCGUGUUGAAAUACAUAGUCACAAAAAAUAUCUGGUAGACAUCCAAUUGUAUGAAACAUGUCAUGAAAAAUAGUCAUGAAAUUUGGAUGUCUAUUCCUCGAAGCAUCAAAUCAAACGUACUCUACCCUGACUGAAGUCUAAAGCGUUGUUUCUUUGCAUACGUCAAACAUAUAACGCCUUUAUUUGUGCCAUACUAAGCACAUCAGGAUAUGCCUCAAUUCCUGUUUCCAGGAAUUAAUAUGUAAACAGAUUUGUUUAUUUCCUUUGGCUACUGUAAUUGUCAUUAUUUUAGCUAAGAGGUCAAGAAGGUUUAGUUGGUUUCUUUAGAAAUAAUGCACAAUAAUGUACAAACUCAAAUCUUCAUUAUUAUUAUUAUUAUGUGUUUAAUAUCUGUUACGCUCUUGUAGGUCGGUCUGUUUUCUUUUUAUCUGAUCUUAUUUGUUUGCUGAUCAAUGUUCCUGACUAAUAGUAUGGAUUAUUUUUAUCACAGUAUAUGUAAAUUCCUUUAUGAUGAGAAUACAAGACAGAUGAGGUAAAGCAAUAAGUGUGUGUUGAUUUAGACUAGAUAGGGUUGUUCAGAUCGUGUUAUACUGUCAUACAUACUCUGCUUUUCGGUUCUGUCAGAGUACUGAUACUGUAUUACAUAAGACGCAAAUGAAGUCUGACAUUUUUGUUUAACUCAUACUGAAUAGCAGCAAUAUUUUUUAUGGCACCUCUCUGCACUACAGCAACCAAAGCAAAGCCUUUGUUCAAUAAUUUUAGAGUAAAUUUUAACUUAUUUUUUUAGAGGAUUUGGUGUUUGUGUGCCUUAUAUUUGUGUUUGUUGGAGUAUUUUUGUGUAGUUAUCAGACCCCCGUAAAGAACUUUAUAUAACAGGAGGUCAUUUGGAAGGUACUGCUGUUUAUUUUGUAUGCAUUUUUUAGUUGGUCAAACAGCCAGCUGAUAUUAUAUGAAGUUCUACCUCCAUAGCACCACAUAAAAACUACUGAUACACCUGGGUUAAUCUCAUUGUCAUUGGCAGACAAUGAAUUUGAUUUAUUAACGUUUUCACUUUAUUCAAGAUCUAUAUAAACAGGCUAAAAUGAAAUAUUAAUUUUGUUUGUGGGGGUUAAUUUUUCUGUCUUUUUUAAUAAUGUUUGUUUCAGGCUCUGGUUGUGUGAGAGAUUUUUUUCCAGCACUUUAAGGACAUAUUUGUUUGAAUGUAGUUUGUUUUUUUGUUGGUCAGUGUCUGUAUAUAUGCUUAUUGUGUUCUGUCAAAUAAAGAUCUAUUCAGUGUAUA